UGAUUAUUAUGUCUUACUUUUUGAAAGUUCCGCCAAGCAUUUAAUUAAUGUUAACAAUAACAGUCUUAACUCAGAUUGCCUGGUAACAUUUGGAGGGUUUGUUGUAAACACAAAGAUGGAAGAUGAGAUCAUCAUAAUACCUGAUACACCUAACCUGUCUACUGCUCACCAAGAGAGGGGUCAAGGCUUGGAGGAGGCAGGCAGAUCAGUAUCUGCAACAUCAGCUUCAAAUUGGCUUUCUAAACGAAAAUUAGAUUACCUUAACAAUCAACUUGAUACGGGCACCAAACCCAAGGAAAACAGUGCAGCUGGAGCAAAAUGCAACACUUUACUGAAAACUCUCAAUGUUUCUCCAUCUAAAUAUGAGUCCACCUUGAAGAAAAACCCACGACUGGCUGAUAGAAAAGUCACAGACAAUUACAGUGAAUAUGUUGGCUUUGUUAGAAGUUCUACACUCAUUUCACCUACAAAACUUUCAAUUCACUCAAAAAAUGUAACAAAUGAAAACAGGGAACUUAACUCGUUUAACAGUAAUCGUAAAAGGAAAAGGUUGGUGGCUUCAAAACAGUCCUAUAGUUGGCCUAGUUCUUCAGAUGAAUCAGAUUCAGACUCUGAUGAAUUUAUAAAUAGAUUGAAAACAAAAUAUAUAAAUAAGAAGCAUGUCACAGAAAAUUAUUUAAGCAAAGAAGACAAUUACGAUGCCAAGAAGAUACCGCAUGCCAAAUACAAACCCAAGCCUUUUUGUGGCACUAAGUCUGUACAAAGUGACAAUCAUGUAGUGACAGACAAAAACCUUAACACAAUAAAUGUAGGAAUUACCCAAGAUCUUGUGCCUGGAAUAAAGAAAAGCAAGACUGCAGCAACCUCAACUGUAACCUCUGGUAUGUCCGAGGCUUGCAAGGAAUCGCCAAUCCUUACAAUAACACCAAAGGAGUCAAGUUUUCCAUUUCCUACGGAGCCAGAUAGCGAUUUGGAUUCUCGUCCAGAUUCUCCAGUGUUUAACGCCCGUCCUGCAAGGAGAGUAACUCAAGAAAGAAUUAUUAGUCGGAAGCAAAAGGAUAAUAGAGCAGCAGCAAAAUUGGAACAUGAUGCAGUCAUGACAGGUAGUGCAGAGCUUCCAAUUGAUGUGGAGCACGUGCCCUUGACACCCACUACUGAGAAAAUCAUGGGAAUAAUUAACCAAGAGCAAAAAGAUGCAGAAAUGGCUAAAAAAUUACAGGAGGAAUUAGAUCUGGAGUUUGCCAUGUCACUUCAAAACAGAGAUGAGAGUCUUUCUGUUGCAACACACAAUACUGCUGUGGGAUUUAGUCCAUAUUUCCAGUACCCCCAUGUAGCUGAGCGAUCAGACACUCACACUGGUGAGGGGUCGGUGGGGGGAGGAUGGCACAUGCAUUCCCCUAUCCACUUUCAUGCUAGACAUGGCUCCAGGCAAAGGGGCUCCAGACCAAGUAGAAAUGAUGCAACUGAAGAGCUGUUAAAUCUUGUGAUGGAGACUGGUGCUGCCCUAAGAGCAGGUGCGAGGACAAGGGAUACGUCAACUCAUGGAGUUUCCCGUAGACGUAGACGCCCGGAGUUCAAUAUUGCAGGCCCAGGCUCAUUGAUAGGAAAUGACUAUGAGGACCUAAUGCGACUCUCUGAGAUUCUGGGAGAUGCAAAAGAUAAGGGCCUUAGCCAAGCAGAUAGUUGCAGGUUGCCGGUAGUGACGUACAGAAAGAACAUGGAGUCAAGCGAGUGUAACAUCUGCAUGGCCGAAUAUGAGGAGGGGGAAAUCUUGAAGAUACUACCAUGCUUUCAUUCCUUCCACUCUAUGUGUAUUGACAAGUGGAUUUCGAAAAAUGCGACCUGUCCCAUAUGCCGUGUGGAGGUGUCAUUGAAAUCUCCAACCAUUUCCUGAGCACAGCAGUGCCUUUGUGUUCAUCAAGUGAAUACCUCUGUACUCAUGCAUUCGUUAUGUGAAUAACUUAAAUAAAUAUAUCAAACCCCCUGCAUUCAUCAAGUGAAUACCCGAUACAUACAAUGAUGAGUGGUGAUAAAAAAACAAUCAGAGUGUCUACCUCACUAAAUGGCACUGUGUAGACUUAACACUCAGUUCUAUGGGGAUGUUCUGGACUUUCAUGAAUGCCGAUGUAGAUUCUGUUUAAUAAUUUUGAUUAUUCUUCCCCUAAAGAGAGGAAUAUAGUUAUAGCAUGAUUUGCGUCAUCCGUCAUCUUUUUCGUCUGUCAGUGUGUCUCAAAUCUUGUGCAGAAAGAAAAUAAGCCUGAAAGUAUUGAAGGGAUUCAAAUUAAAAAUAGUUUCAACAGUAUAAUGUUUAUGCAGGCUUGAUGAUGAAAUAAAUACAUAAACAAUUUAGUUAUUUUCUUAAAGUGAUAUUAUGCGCAUUUUUCACUGUUGAAUUGAGCUGAAAUGAAUUAACAGGUCAAAGGAGUUUUCAAAAUGUGGUAACUGACAAAUUAUCUGCAACUCAUCUUACUACUAGUUGUUUUAAAAAAAUAUAUUUUAUUCGAUAUUUUACAUGACUGUCCCAGUCCUCUAAACCAAGCGGAACUGUCUUUUUAUUAGGAUCGGAGUUAGUGUUUGUGUGUCGUAUGAAUAGUUAUCGUUGCAGGAAAUUAAAAUGAUCGGUAAAACAAAAUUGUAUCUUUGUGUGGUAUGAACGAAUCUGCACUUAAACUAAAUUUAGAUUCACAUCGUACAUCAAAUCAUUUCAACAGUUGUCAACACGAAAGUACUGUUGAUAUUCAAAUGCAUUAUUUUUCUCUUUGCGGGAUAUUGCUAAAGUAUGUUGAUGCAUUAACAAAUAUAAGUGAAUAUGAAGUGAAAACACCCAAAAACUGUUGAGAUAGACACCUAUAAACAUAGCAUACUGUUAGAUGCGCAUAAUAUCACUUCAAUGUUUUGAAGAUCGAGUGUUUUUUUGUAUUAACCUUUUUUUAACCUCUUGAUUUCGGUGAUUUAUUCUAUCAAAUGUUUUUAUUAUUUUGUGAUGUUGAAUAGAACAUGGCAACUAUUUUCUGGAAGUUUUCGAUUUUGUUCAGAAUUGUGUUGGAACAAAUGUAUUUAAGUCUUAUUUCAAACAUGCCAUUAUCCAUUUUAUGAACACUGUUUUUAUACAUGGUCACAAUUAAUUUUAUAGAGUUAAAUACCAUGCAAUUUAUUUAUCAGAGUAAAAGAACUAAGGAUGGGUAUGAGCUAAGAGGUUUAGCUUAUUUUCAUAACAAUUUUUUUUCUAAAUGCAUUUAUCGAUUAAAACAAAUGGGCAUGUUUGUAUAAGCAAGUGAAAGAAGUUUGAAUGUGUAAUUUCAAAUUUGUUUAAUCAUGUUAAUUAUUUUUGAUAAUUAAGUUGUCUGAAAUAAAAACACAAUUAAUUUAAACGGAUCACACUGACAUUUUGAUUUUGUAAUUUCAUGGGCAUUGUUUUAGGUACAGCAACGCUUACUCUUUUUAUGGCAUUUAUUGUAUUUGUCAAUGUAUCAUAAAUGUACAUAUGUGUAAUGAAUAAUACAUUGCGAGUCAAAAAGCUAAUGUAUUGUUCUUUAUCAAAUAUGGUAAAUGUGUUUACAAUAUGAUUCUGUCGUACGUCUAUUAAAUAAGAUUGUAAACGUA